CUUCAGUCUUGCACAGGUGUACCGGGCUCCUCCCCUUCAGUCCUUGCACAGGUGUACCGGCUCCUCCCCUUCAGUCUUGCACAGGUGUACCGGCUUCCUCCCCUUCAGUCUUGCACAGGUGUACCGGCUCCUCCCCCUUCAGUCUUGCACAGGUGUACCUGCUCCUCCCCUUCAGUCUUGCACAGCUGUACCGGCUCCGUCCCAUUCAGUCUUGCACAGGUGUUACGGCUCCUCCCCUUCAGUCUUGCACAGGUGUACCGGCUCCUCGCCUUCAGUCUUGGCACCGGUGUAACGGCUCCUCCCCUUCAGUCUUGCACAGGUUGUACUGGCUCCUCCCCUUCAGUCUUGCACAGGUGUACCGGCUCCUCCCCUUCAGUCCUGCACAGGUGUACCAGCUCCUCCCCUUCAGUCUUGCACAGGUUUACCAGCUCCUCCCCUUCAGUCUUGCACAGGUUUACC